CUACAAUAGCAGAUGCUUCCAGAAAACCUUUAAUUCAUCAAGAAGAAGAGUCAGAAGACGACUGCUUGGACAUAAUCGGUUGAGUCACGUCUACGCAAACAACGAAGAUAUCUCAACGGCUCCAUUCUCCUUCCUCACAGAUUCCAUUUCACGAGGCUAUGUGCAUGUUCCCCAAAGCAGGUAUAAGGUAUCACAGUUUCAGCAUCUUAGCUACCAGCACAUAUAACUACGCCCGUUCACGCGCCCAAGAGUACAUCCAUUCUGAUCUUCUAAAACUGACAACCCGGUAAACGCCACUGUUUGACUAAUCAUAGUAGUCAGACACCAGAUAUAACACGUGGGCAAGAUUAAUGAUGGUCGUCCAUCUCCAAAUCUAAAACUCAAUGAGAGCCUCCUCCUUAACGGGCUGCUUGGCGGGCUCCUGUUGUGGUACUGAAGGGAAUGAAUCUUGCGUGUAACCGCCGUAUGCCCAGUUCUGCGGUGCGACAGGUGGUUGUUGGUGUGACUGGGGCAUAGAUGGCUGCCAGUACGCUUGCUGCUGUGGGGGAGGUGCUUGCUGGGUUGGUUGAGGCGGUUGAGGCUGAGAUGGUUGAGGCGGUUGGGCAUGUUGCAUAUGAGGGGACUGUACAGGCUGGCCUGGUUGCGCAACCUGGGCGGGCGCUUGGCCAGGAGUUGGCUGCGAGGGAGCAGAUACUGAACCCCCAGGGUAUUGGGAAGGUUGCUGCAAGUUAGGGUAUGGUGACUGGUUAACAUCAGAUGCAGAUCCUGGUGCAGAUGGUCCUAGAGGGGUCUGCUGAGGCUGCUGAGGUGUAAAAUAGUAUGAAGCAUUGGGGUCACUAGCAGUUGGAGCCUGUGGCUGUUGUGGGUUUUGUGUUUGCAGGUUGUGAUCUUUAGGUUGUUGCGGCUGCUGGUACGGAUUUUGAGGUGCUGAGGGCGCUCUGUUUUGCCAACUAUCAGCCCGUUGCACCUGAUGAGGCGGAGGGUAUUGGCCGGGCUGUGCUUCUGGCGUGGGUCCGUAAGAAGGAUAUUGAGGCUGAGGUGUUGCAUGCGGUGGUGGCUGUUGGUAGUGCUGGUGUUGAGGCGCCUGGUAACUGGCCCGUUGUUGACCUGUAUAAAAGCUCUCUGCACCAGCAGGGUCGCUGGGCAUCUGGGAAGGAAUGGAAGGAUACGGCCCAGCAGCCUGGCGUGGCGGCGGCAAGUUAUAUCCCCCGAGGUUCUGUUGGCUAUAGGCCUUAGAAAGUCGAUCCUCUAGCAUACGAUCAUAAUACCGAACAACGGUAGAGAGUUUCGCAUGAAGAUCAAGAAGUGUAUCUGAGACUGGAUUAGCAUCUCAAUUCCUUCGGCAGAGAAGGAAUACUCACCAUGCUUGCUCAUAGUCUCUCCGUAAGUUCUUGCCAGCUUGGGACGUAAUGUACCGAUGCUAUCAUAGAGCUCCUGGAUCUGUGGCUCUCGUAAAAUGGUUCCUGGCGGCUGAGUCUGAAGCCGGUCCACCAGUGUUGAGAACAGGUUGAUGUUCUCUGCCUCCACAGGUGUCAAUUCAUAAUCGUUCUUGGGGAGAACAAAGCUGGUGGUGGCAGAAGUGUCCAUGGAGCUGGACGUCUGUUCCUUGAGCGCCGCAGCGUGCCUCUUCUUCUGCUCUUCCAUAUCAGCCAGAGAGGCAGCGAUGGCGGCCUUGAGAUCAGCAUCAUCCUCCUCUGCUUGUUUGGCCGCCGAAGCGUCACCGUUAGUUGCAUAAGAAGUCUGAGCAGGUCCAGCAUAGCCGUGAGGAUGGGUCUUAACCUCCUCCAGGCUCAUUGCCAAUGCCUUUUUUAGGUCUUCGUCAAAUCCAUCGUCAACUCGAGCGUUCCGAGGCUGCAUGGCUGAUGUGCUUCGUGUCUUAUGGGGAUAUGUCGGCGAUCGAUCGAGCGAUGGAUUGGGAAUCUUAUGUCCCUUGUUGGUAAGUUUCGCAUAACAGCCAUCAUCGACUCGUACGGGCGUCAUGAUUCCCAGUUACCGCAGUUUCGGCAAUGAUGCUUUCGGUUUGUAAAGGUGAAUGGUGUUCGACAUCUCAUGCAUACGUCGGAGUCGGUCCAUUCCGGAGGCUGAUGAUAUCGUCAGUUUUCUCCAUUGUGUGGCUAUGACCAGAGUGGUACUCACAGCGCUACUGUCAAUCAUGCUGCUGGCCACGGAUAUCUUGGGAGGGAACUGGUAUCCAUCGCGUUGUAGAGUCCGAUAAACCUCGCCGAUGUACGAAAGCUCGUAACGACCUUCAGUAGCACCCGCCCAAGAUUGUAUAAGCUCAAGAAUUUUCGAUUUCACAUCAGCGUUGACAGCACCGCCUCCGACAGCCUGAAGAAGCGAAACAAGGUUAUCCAUAAACUCUCGCGAUGCGACUUCAGCAAGGAAAUGGGAACCGCCAUUUUUAACACAAGUAUCGGUAAGCUGAAGGGAGUCAGCUUUGGUAAUUGUUAUCAGAUCGAUAGGAUUCAUACGUUUAAAGCGCUCAGCUGUGUAUUGGGGUUUUUGUUGCCGAUGCGCUUCUUGAGGGAGCGCAUUGCCUCUUUCGGCGCGACCGUCUUGGAUCUGAUGACAUCGGAGAUUUCGAGGUUAAGGGCAAUAUCUUCUCUGAAAUCAUUGUUAGCUGAGUUCACCAGGGCGUAGGCUGUCUGGCGACAUACAGGCUACUGCUUGUGGCCUUUUCGAUCUGUUCGUCCAGGGCCGUAUUGGCGGAGGACGACCACCAACUCAUCAUCUUGGCUUUUGGUUACAGCGAUCAGCAAAGAGGAGGGGUAUUGCGUUCAAUUGACCAAGUGAAUAUGAACAAGAGGUAUCAGUAUCGAGGUGUCUGAGGUAGCGACACACAAGGUCACGAUGCUCGAUGAAGCAGUUGCUGCUGUUGAUGUUGAUGUUAAUGUCUGAUGGAGGUUCAGUGUGUGCCUGCGAAGCUCCCAUGCUCUGGGCUAGGCGCUCGUUAACCCCAGCCUCUGUCUGGGCACGGCGAUUGAGGAUCUGACGCAGAAAGGUGCCUCAUUAAGUAAGGCUAUGAGAGCUGUAAUUGGCUGAGAUGGGCAUUGGUUCCACAGCAGUGCACUUCGAGGCAGCCUAAAACCCCACUGUAGAACGCCUGGCCUGUCGUCAGCGCUGGCACGCGGUCACGCUAAGCUCUUGUUCUGUGGGAGAAUGACGACGUAUUCUGUGGCGUACGUGGCUCAGGUGCAUGAGCGACCUCGAACAGAGAGGUAAGGUCCCUGAGCUUCGGUACGAAAGAGCGGUAAGAAAUACUUACUUCGUGCAGCUGAUCAGGUGGCCUACCAAGUACCUCAGACGUUCUCAUGGGUACCUACCUUAUUCCCCGCGACUACUAACACCUCACCUCAUGGCACUCAAGUCACCCAUGAACAACCAUCCUUUAUACCAAGUUCAUUCUCCUCACAGUACGACCCCUCUCGUUCGGCGUCCCAUGGUUCUUGUUCGGGAGGAGCCUUUGUUUGUCAUGUUUACUCGCACGAUUCUUUAAGAUGCUGCAUAUUGAUGCCAUCUCUACUCGGUCGAGGUCCUGUUGACCCUUAUAUUUCAAUACUCCGCCACUCUACGGCUCUGUCGUUGUUGUCACAGACAAUUCAUUGCAACCUCUCGCCGCCAAAACCUAAUUUUCGCAACUUAAACACUAUAAUUCUCCUUCGAUUCUCAAAAUCGAAUCUACCGACCGAGACCUUUCAGUAUAACGGUUUAAGAACACCGAGCAAGGCAUCAUGGCCUCUCUAGGGCAUUCGCGCGCAAGCAGUGUAGCCACCGCAGGCUCACACUCCUUGGGCAGCCCCGGCGCAUUCAACCAUGGUCCGAUACCAGGCGGCAAUCGAGGAGGCGAAUCUCCUUCAAAGCCUCUGAUUCCUCAUAUUGACGAUGUUCUCACUCCGCGGAAUCUCGACCGGAACGUGUCUGCUCGGAAACUACUGGAAUCGGCCGAGGCAUCAUUUAAGCAAGCCGAGAUCGCUCGGGAGUUUCGCAGGCCGGCCAUCGCUCUGAACGAAUAUAUACGGGCGUCCAUAAUCGCUGUACAACUCAUCACCAACCAUCCUGAAUAUCAUGAUCUUAAAACGAGUCACGGCGAUUUUGUAAAAGCUCAUGCCAACCUACUCGCCAAGAUCAGCCAGCAGGACCAUGUGUAUGCCAAGAUCAAGGCCGACAUUAUUGCGGAUAACAAACGAACUGGUGUGCAACCACGGACUGUUCGACCGAACUCGUCACAAGGAGGAAGCCGGCCACAUACACCAUCAAAAUCGGCCGUCGAAGGGCCCAUAUCACCCUCAAAACAUCGAUUUGAUGGGCAUGACAUGAAUGGUUCUCCUGCUCGAGCUAAACCAGCAAUUCAACCGAAACCCCAGUCUCUCCAUGGGAACGCCAUCAAGCCCGGUGCUCAAAGAGCGUCCAUUAAUGGCGUCCAAGAUCUCGCUGCCAGGUUUGCCAACCUGAGAGGCCCGCAACCUUCACCAGGUCAAGAUCCACGCAUCAAGACACAUCAGAUAACGCUCCCGAAGCCGAUGGGUCCUCGAGAGAUGCCUCCACCUCGGCCGCCCAAAGUUGGUAUUGACACGAGUGUGCCGACUCUCCCCAAGAUGCCAGAUGCUAUCUACAGCCCUGCUCGUGGCAGCAUCUCAGGAGAAGUAACAAGACCGCCUGCAAGUACACCUCGUAGCAUGUACCGCACAGCGUCCGCCGUUUCGAUACCUGGAACUCCCACGGGCUCAUCACAGUCACAAACAGACUAUUUCGUUCCUACGCAAAGUUAUUCGAACAACUCUAUUCCUCCGGUCCCCCCGAGCAAUCUCAAUGGCUCUGUAAGGAUUCCAGAAGGCGAUUCCAUUUCUCCAGAGGAACUAUACCAAGCUAUGAAAGCUAAGGGGGGCAUUUUGAUAAUAGACAUUCGCAUGAGGGAUGACUUCAACGAAGGCCAUAUCAUGUCGUCGUCAACAAUCUGUAUUGAGCCCAGCAUCCUGCUCAGGGAUAACCUCUCUGCAGAUGAGAUCUCUGAGAGCUUGAUUCUCUCCCCUAACCAGGAACAAUCACUUUUCGAACAACGGCAUACCUACGAUCUAGUGGUCUUCUAUGAUCAAGACUCUGAAGAAAUUCCCGAACAUCCACGUAAUUCUGACGACUUGGUAAUUAUAUCACUCCAUCGAGCUUUAGUCCACUUGAAUUUUAUGAAGGAGCUCAAAAACACGCCCAAGAUUCUCAAGGGGGGCCUUGAUGCUUGGGUUGACCUGAUGGGGCCGGCGUCUCUGGGAUCGACAACUUCAACAACGAAUAGAACAGUGCACUUGGAGCGCAAUCGAAGCAGAUUAUCAGCUAUCGAGCGACGGAGGUCAAAAUAUAUCGCCAAGCCUCUCAAGCCUGACGAAGUCAAGGUGUGGCAAGAGACACUCAAAAACGACGACGAUAUGCAGACAGCAUCAUCGCCCAACUUCACGCGCACUACAGAAGACUUCCUUCGAAGAUUCCCGCCGGUGUCUUUGGAACAAGAGUCUAUGACUUCUCCGGAAGAGAAGCCCCGGAAUCGUCCCGUUUAUGGGCUAUCUCACAAGGUCGACCUCUACACGGACUUGCCCUCGCCACCCACAAGACCAGCUCCCGCUUUGCCGCGACGAAGCUACAGCGGCCUUACCGAAGGGAGGGACGAGAACGAGCUUUAUGGCAACAAUAACGCAGUCGUGCCAGCUCGUCCUUCAAGAGCACCAACUAUGAAGGCCGUUGAGCAGCAAUCCACAGGCGAUUCGGCCAAGUUCUACACUGGGCUCAACAAUCCCAAUAACUGGUGCUAUGCCAACAGCACGCUGCAGAGCUUGCUCGCCUCGCCUGAAUUUGGAAGAGAACUGGCGAACUCGGAAUGGGUCAGCAAGUACAAGGCGCCAAUGAAAGAUGAUGAGAAGAUUGAGCAGCCACAGCUCAUGAUUCGUAUUAUCUCAAACCUGUUCCACUGGAUGAGUUCAGGCAAAUUUCAGGUCAUGAUGGCCCAGACGCUCAUGAAUUAUUCGCAUCACGUUUGUACCCAAAGCCGAAGCAUCGAGCAGUUUGGCGGGAGUCAGCAGCAAGAUGCCCAGGAGUUCAUGUCUUUCGUGCUCACUCACCUGCACGACGAGACUAACACACGCCGAGAUCGAAAGGGCACUGCUGCCCAGCCAGAUACUAAGCACCAGUCUCUUGUGAAGGCUGCUGCCCAGUACUGGCAAAAUCAUCUCGAAUACAAUCGUUCUAUUGUCGACCGCUACUGGCGCGGUCUCGAGCUAUCAACUGUCGAGUGCUUCGAAUGUCGCACCCGUACUUAUCAGUUCAAUCCUAUUGAUGUUGUCCCUGUCACAGUGGGAAUGGGGCGUGGCAUGACUCUCGAGCAGGUUCUCGACCAGUAUACAUCGGGCAACAUCAUUAACGACUUCCAUUGCGAUCACUGCCGCCAUCCUACUCGGGCUCAACAGAGUCUCUCCUUUGCCCGCUUUCCAUCCUUGCUCUGCGUCGUCUUCCGGCGCUUCCACUACCAACAUGAUUCCUCAGAUUUACGCAAAUCAACGGCACCCAUCACAUGGGACUUCAACGAUACCGACUUCACACGCUACUUCCUCCCUCCUGGCUCUCGCGAGUCUUUAUCUGGGUUCGAUCCCAUGGACCCUGCAUUCACAGGACCAUUCCGCUACGAGGCUUAUGCUGUUAUUGUUCAUACAGGCAGUCGUACUGAUAACGGACAUUACUUGGCGUAUGUGCGGGACUCUACGUCUCAUGACCCUUACGCUUGGUUCUGCUGCAACGAUUCGCGCGUGACAAAGGUUCGCAUUGGCAGCGGAGACCGCGAUGAUGUCCAGGAGGAGGUCUUCAAAUCUGGCCGCGACCGCGUACCAUAUCUGGUCUUCUUCCGUCGCAAGGGCAUGCGAUAAGGCUACCAUUGUAUCACUUGCUUACGUCCAGCAAUCCUGGCAGGGUUUGGGAGUUGGAUAUAUCCUCAUGGCUACUCGUUCCUUUACUUAUAGAAGAAAUUCGGAACAUUUAGGAGCCAUGGACAUGGACGAAUUCGUAUUACCUGUCUUCCACCCACACCCGUAUAUACGUUCGACUCUCGCGAAUUGGUACAAAUGUUUCAACUUUCUGGAGGUCCCGUCUUCUUUUUUCCAGCGCAGCUUUGUUUGAUCUAUACCAAUACUACGCUACUAGUCUCAAUCGGUUGUAGUUCCAGCUCCCCAUCGUUUUCAUAUGAAUUCAUAUCUCGCUAACUGGCUAUCAUGGCAUUGUACGGAGUAGAUAGCGUGCUCUAUUUUUGGUAAAUAUGCCUGACCUAGAGUCAUGACUUGAGGGAGGGGUACCUGUUUUCUAGCAAAUGCUUAUUGCAUCCGUAUUAUACCAAUUGAUUAAUGAUCUCUAACAUAUGUGCUUGAAUGACCGUGGUAACUCCAUUUUGAUGUGCCAUAUGUUAGAGUCAGAAUAGAACUAGCUGGUUCUGUUUCUCAGACACCAACCGUUGACUGUACCUUCUGGCCGAGUCCUGGUAUUAAUAGCUACCGACGUAAACUAGACAAG